AUCUUUCUAGGAAGGCGUGCACAGGUGAAUCUAUUUAAUAGCCUAAACACGAUCGCGAAAUGGCCGUCGAACGCAUGUGGAUACACUGCACAGCCGCGGCGAUCUUCGCAUGUAUUACGCGUAUCUACUGCAGUAAUGAGAAGAGAAGAGAUUGAUAUCUCCACCUGAUCAUCGCAAUCAAAUGAAAUGAGUCGCAAGUAAUUAGCAAUCCAUCAAGGUGGAUUGGUAUAUUUUGAUCGUAUGAUUCGGCAGGAUUCCCUCGACUUGUUAAUCUUUGCAAUUUCACUCUAUUCGCGUAUGGUGGCUUUUCCCAAAAAAUUUUUUUUUUUUUCAAAAAAUAACCAACCAAACAAGAUUCGCAUAAGCAAAUUAUUCAGCGACGCGAGUGGCACAUGGCGUAUAUUGCGGAACAUCCGGUAUAAAUUUUGCGGCGAUAAGACUGAAUUUAAUGCUUUAGGGCUAUCACUUUCCAAUUAUUGCAAUACUUUAUCAGUAUCAUAGAUAUACAUUGAUAUAUCUAUGUCGGUAUACAUAAUACAUAUAACGACCGUUUUACGCCUGUCGCGCAAUAAUUAUUCCGCAAAAAUGAGUUAGGAACAUCGAACACGGGGAUAAUCCGUGAUAGCGAGCAUUUCCGAUUGACCGUAACGAAAAGCUGAAGAAAAAAAAUCAAAUCGAAAAAAGAAAAAAAAAAAAAAAAUCAACUUAAAAAAAAAAUAUCUAUGGUAUCGGAGUGAGUCGCGCCUGCGACAAUUGUGUCACCGUUCGAAUGACGUUGCAUAAUUCCAUUAGAAAUGAAAGAAGAGAAAAAACAAAAAAAAAAAAAAAACAAUAAAAACAAUAAAAACGGAAUCCUGCAAAAAUGGAAAUUUCGGGGCAAAGUUCCUUGACGAGUGUGGGUGUCCUCCUAUCGCGAUGGAAGUUAGGUGUACAGGCGUCGAGGUGGGGGACGCCAGGCGUCGCUAUGGUAUAUAUGCCGAGUAAACCAAGCAGCGUGCAAGAGUUCGCAAGAGACAAGAGAGAAAUAAAGACACGCGACAAGGAUUGAGCCAUUAUAGAAAAGAAAAAAAUUUGAAGAUUAUUUAAAAGAGGAUAAAAAAUUUUUACAUCAAUUUGUUCGAUCGCCAAAAUUUUCAUCGAUAAAUCUAUAUUAACGAGAUAUCGAAAAGUAUAUAUAAGAAGAAAUAUUUCGAAAAUAUUUUGAAUUAUUUUUUUCAAAUAAAAAAAAAACAAGUCUCAGCAUCGAUCUACCUGCAUUUAACCGACAAGUGACGUAAAGUGAUCGACGGGUUGAAAAAAGUGUCGAGUUUUUCCCAACGUCGAGUGAUUUUAUUUGAAGAUAAGAGAAACCCGAAUUUCUUCUUUUCAAACACAAAAAAUGAGUUCGUCGGCCGGUAGCAGAAUGACCCUUUUGAGUACGUUUGGAGCAGUAAUUUUGGUCCUCGUGUUGCUCGCAGCAGAAAACGACGCCAGACCUUCCGGACGCAUUAGCAGACAAAAACGCGUGUCGGAUCAGCGUCUGGCGGAAUUGGAAACGUUGUUAGCCCUGGAAAGAAUACGUGGACAGUUGGUCACCGUUCCCGUUGCAUUCGGUCGCGUCGACCCGGCGAAAAUUGGCCGCAGGCGACGUUCAAGCGUAGAAGGUGGAUUUGAAAGACUUCAACGUAUUUUGCAAGCGGCUGCACAGGACUCUCAGUCCGUAGGCCAAGAAAGUGACGAAUCUGCUUCAUCGAUUUGGGAUGACAUACAGGAUCGACGAGAGGAGGAGACGGAGGAUCAAUUUAUAUAAAUUGAAGAACUUACGGAAAUGUUCGAGAAAAAAAAACAUGAAAAAAAAAAAGAAGUCAACGAAGAGGUUCUCAGCUCUCAUUCCUCAACAGUAUUAGCGGAAACUCCGCCAUCUGAAUUUUAAUUUAAUAUUUACACCGUAGUUUUUUUUCCCUCUCUUUUACAAUUUUAUUAUUUAAGUAACAAUAGUAGACCGAUAAUAGGUAAUUUUUUUUAAACUAAAUAUUAUACGCUAUCACCAAUUGACAUUCCAGUGUCCAAUGUGCAGAGAAGAAAAAUCUGCUUCAAUAACUAUUAGCGUAUCAUUAUGAUAAAGUGUUUCGUACUUUUAGUAUCGAAAAGUAUAACUAGAAACAGAACAGGACGGUAUUUUGAAUUAGUAUUCUUCUUUGUCCGUUUUUUUUUUUUUACGAAGCUAUGCCUUUUAGUAACUUAUUUAAUUUAUUUAUGUGACGCUAAUUUUUCAUUUAAUUUAUUCAAAGUCGUUAAUUCAUCAGAAUCAUUCUUCCUUGCCAUUUUUAUAAUUGUGUGUUCGUUCAUUUGUUUGUUUGUUUAUUUGUUUAUUUAUUUGAUUCGAAAUUCAUCAUGGAAACUAAAUCAUUGCUUCAUUUUGUUUUUUUUAAUUAAUUUACUGUGUCAAAAUAAUUUAACUAUUCACUUAAUAAUUAAAUAGUCUAAUUAACAACGAUAAUUCGUAUAAACUUGAUGUGCAUGUUCCACGGUAUGGAAUCAUUAAUCUGAUCUGUUAUUGAAAUUAAUUAUUAUAACACGAAGAUGAAAAAAUAAUUACUGCAAAUAACAUGCCUACCUAUCAUGUCUGUACGAAAAAACGUAGGAAUGUUAAUUGAAGUUAGAAUCAUUUCUAUGAGCAGCUGCAGUAUUUUGACGAUUAAACGAUAUGCGUGUGACUGGUAUUAGAAAAGAAAAUUUAAUCUAAGGAAAAAAUAUGGUUCUUUGGUAUGAUUUAUGGGAUUUUCAUCAUUUUCUGAAACAGAAAUGAGAAAUGAACACGAAAAAUAAAGAGAAAACCAUAUUUUUAUAGAAUCUAAUAGUGAAAUUUAUUUAUUAUCAUUUUUCAUCAUUAUUUGCACCUUGUAACGUAAUGUGAUACUUAGGUGUUUAUUCUCGUCGACUUCUUUGUUCUCUAAUUUAUUCAAAGAAAGAAAGAAAACAAGGAAUGAAUGAGAAAAAAAUAAAAUAAAUUAUAAAAAUAAACAACAACUGUGUCCGUUCAUUUAUCGAUGCUCUCCGACGAUGUAAUUUAUUUUC